GUUUGCCCUUGGGAGGAAGAUAAUAUAAUGGAGAAGUUUUUUGGGUCACAACAGAGAUCCAACCUGGAGCUUCCUAUCCAAAUCAAACACCACAAAAUGCCUAUCCUACAAGCCAUGUCAUCACACUAUCCACAUGAAGAGGAAUGGGUGGUUCUCCAUCCCCAAACUUGAGAGAACACCAUCUCCACUGUCCAUUGCAAAAUAAUCAAAACCCCUCCAAAAUUACAAACCAAGAACAAAGAUAACUAGAAAGAUAAGUUGAAACUCAUCAGACACUACUGUAUCAAAUUUCUCAUCCUUGGUGGCCUCAGAAUCUCUCAUAGGACUUAAAUAACCUGUAGGGGAUUCAAUAGCCAUGGCCUCUAGCUCCUCCACACUUUCCAUCUCCUCCUCAUCCACCCUUGUUGAUACCAAGGCUCCCCGCCACUCGGCAGCAUCAUCGCCGCAAUGUGUGACCCUCCCUACGCUUCCUCCACCCCUGGUUCAGUCUCAGAACCGCCCAGGGAAGACUACUGCCUAUUGUCGUAAGAUUGCGCGCAAUGUCAUGGCCAUGGCCACAGGGGAAGCACCUGCAGAAGUGGCUACAACUGAGUUCCCAGAGAUUGUGAAGACAGUUCAAGAAGCUUGGGAAAAAGUUGAAGAUAAGUAUGCAGUGUCUUCACUUGCGGUGGCCGGUGCUGUUGCACUAUGGGGCUCCACUGGAUUGAUCUCGGCAAUUGAUAGGCUUCCCUUAGUCCCUGGUGUUCUUGAGCUUGUAGGCAUUGGCUACACUGGGUGGUUUGCAUACAAGAACCUUGUUUUCAAACCAGACAGGGAAGCUUUGACGCAGAAGAUUAAAGACACAUACAAAGAUAUAAUCGGGAGCGGCUAGAGCAAACCCGAAAAGUAAUGCUGCUGAGAUAGGAAAAGAACUUGUGGUCGGUUUUUGAAGCUUAUACAUGUGUAUAUCUCGCAGCAUUGUUCAUAAAUAUGUGGACAUUCUUCAUUUUGUUUGCAUAAGCUUAUUCUAACCACGGUUAUAAAUGUACUUUGUCUUCAUUUUGUAAUUCAUAUCAUUACGUUUCUUAUGUUACUUUAGAAGGGAAAGAUCAAAGUAAAUUAAGUAAAAUAAUCUGCAGACUUUAUGUGCA